AGGCGAGCGGAGGUGGAAGGCGUGCGAGCGAGUUGAGCGGCUUGAAGUUGGAGCGGCUCGAAACAAGUCGGGAACGCCAGUUGACGGCAGUGUUGAACGGGCCUUUAUCUGUGCCUCGCCGUGCCUGUAUCAUGCGCCGCUGAGUGAAUUGUCAAGUGAAAAUCAGCAAUGGCUGCCAACGAGCAACAGCGUAAGGAAUCACGUGAAGCCAGGGAGCCAGCCCAUCAUGCAAGACGUCCCAUGAAUGCAUUUCUAAUUUUUUGCAAGAGGCAUCGUGGCUCAGUGCGAUCUGGUUUUCCACACUUGGAAAAUAGGGCAGUUACCAGGGUCUUGGGUGAAUGGUGGGCAACCCUUCAUCCCGAUCAGAAGCGUUCCUACACAAAUCUUGCACAGGAAUACAAGGAUGCUUUUCUAAAUGCAAAUCCUGACUUUAAGUGGUACAAAUUACCAGCACCUCCGCUACGUACUUUAAAUACUAGGCCUACCAACAAGAAGCAGGAGUCAAGUAGCGGUGUGCAAUCCACAGAUAGUGUCAAAUCUGAAUAUGAGUCUUCCGAUUGUACAAAGUCAGACAGACGAGACGGACAAUCAAUUCAACCAGGCAAAUUAGCAGAUGAAUCGCAGAUUGGAGGGCUUAGUUCUCUCUUCACGCCUCAAAAAUCAGAGACGUCUGAGGAGAUCGUUAAUGGUAUUGUAGAAAAUGAUCCUGUUCCACCGAAACCACCCAAAAAGAGGUAUACAGAAUCACCUUUCCAAGAUGAUCAAAAAAGAGACUGUAAGACAGAUCUAUUUGGCGAAAAGAAAAGAAAAAGAACUGAAUCUAAUAAUAACGAACAGCACGAAACGAUCAUAGAAGAUGAGAAACAUACAAUAAAUUCCUUUGUAACAGCACAUACACAACCAGAGGAAAAUUUUCGUAGUGAAAGAACAUGUAAAGGUUUACGUUAUCAGAAAUUCCUUGCUGAGCAAAACAUCGGUCCCUCAGGCCAACAGAAUAAACGAAGACGGACAGUUGGAAGUCAUGGUCAUGAUGAACGUCCAAAUGAAAGAAGAAACUCUAUUUCUUCAAAUGUUAGUGAAAAAACAGAUUCCUUAAGCAGUGAAGGAGGAAAUAGUUCUCGUGGAGAUUUAGAACAUCUUGUAGAGAGUGCUGAAGGAAAAAUGGAAGCUUCUAAACCUGAGGAUACGGAAACUGAAGGAGCCGAAGAUCAAGUAGAUUAUGGACCUUGGACUGCACGUAAAAGAUUUCGAGCAGAAAAAUUUAAUUUGGAAAAGAAAAUCGAGGCAUUACCGUCUUUAAGUUUAGAGGAAUUUCAAGAAAAGAAAAAACAGCAACGUACGAAAAAAAAGAAAAUUUUGCAAAAGUUUAAUCCUUCAGCAAACAAAAAACAUCAAAAUAAUUCGUCCUCUGAUGGUCAGACUCAAAGAAUUAGUACAAUAAAAGAGAGUUAUGAGGAAUCGGAGAAAGCUCAUCUUGUUGGAAGCCAGAAACGGAAAGCACGAAAGCAAAGCAUUACGCGAAAUGCUGCGGCAAUCAACUCCACCAAACACGCUGAAGAUCAAGAGCAAAACAAAUCUUGGUGUGCAUCUCCAGAUCUGGAAGCUCUAGCGUGUCUUGCAACGGUUGCCGCCAAUAGAACAAAACUUACCAAAAAUAACGCUUAAGGUCACACUAUAAAAACCAAAACUUUAUUAAGUUUUCUCUCGAUGCAAUUUCUUAUUACCAGGACUAUUAAGACAUACUUUUUCAAGUGCUGUUAU